AUGAAGCAAGCGGACGAUCGCAUUUCUUCGAAUCUUCAUAGAGCACUGAACUUGAAUUCCAAGUCUUGUUCGUCUCAAAACAGGAAACUACACUUGGUACUUGAUCUAGAUCACACACUACUGCAUUCCACCGAACUCGAUCAUGUGACUCCCCAAGAAGAAUACUUGAAGACCAAAACAGAUGAUCAUUCUCUGGAAGGUGAUGUUUUCAUGGAUUCAGCCAUGAUAACCAAGUUGAGGCCCUUUGUCAGGACAUUUCUCAAGGAAGCCAGUCACAUGUUUGAGAUGCACAUAUACACAACAGGCAAUCGAGCUUAUGCAUUGCGAAUGGCUGAGUUGCUUGACCCCGAACAAGAGUACUUCUUCACUUCUAGCUCUAGAGUAAUAUCGUGCAACGACCACAGCUCCCGAGGACAAAAGAAGUGUCUAGAUCUUGUGCGUGGUUGUGAAGAUUCUAAUGUCUUGAUCCUAGACGAUACACGAGAGGCAUGGACAAAGGAAAAUCAGGACAAUUUGAUAGUAAUAAGACGAUAUUAUUUCUUCAAAUACAGUUCUCAAACAAUGUGCUUCAAUAACCGCAAGUCUCUUGCCGAGUUGAAGACGGAUGAAAAUGAUUAUCUUGAACAUAUUCUUCAGCUUCUUAAGCAAGUCCACUCUAUGUUCUUUGUUCAUAAGCUGCCCAACAAGAAUCACUUUGGAAAUGAUGUAAGGCAGGUGUUAAAGACUCUUCGGAAAAGGGUGUGA